AUGUACUGUAUUGUUUUCUCAAAUUCUUGUUGCGCACGUUCAUCCCCGCGCCUCGUACGAGCAAUUUCCCAGUGCUGUCACCAGCAUUGUGCCAAUGGCCGAGUGCGACAUCACCUCUCUCUAGACCAUACGUCGUCCUAUUUUUGUUCUCAACGGCUCCAUUUCAUCCAUACUUCUUUGUGGCACUUGCCCAUCAAGACGCAGGAAGUAUCGCUGUGCGCCGGCCUCCGCAGCGCCAUGGGAUCUACCACGCCCCCGUCCACCAGGUCAGGGCAUCUUUGCAUGCUGACGAGGCUGCCCCUGGACAUUUUGCAGCUUGUAUUCUUACACAAACCUGAUCUGAAAUCUCUCUCCCUGACUUCAAAAUCUAUGCACACGUUUAUUGCCAGAAUCCUCUGGCGAUCGAUCAUGAUCAGGCCAUGGAGUGAAUAUCACUUACACAAAAUUCCCGAUGCAUUCCCGUCGCCAAACUUUGCGCGCCUUGCCACACACGUCCGUUUCCAUACGAAUAUGCAAUACGCUACCUUGUCUAGAUGUCCCCACCUGAAAGACGACCCCCAUGUAUGGGACUCCGACGAAGGCGGUUUUGAUUCUGACGGCGACGUCGAGCUCGAACCACGUUUCAAGCAGCUCUCUCAAAGGGCAAAGCUUUUGCUAGACGAAUUCACGGACAACCAAUUGCAAGUACCUAGUUGGGGUCUGGGUACAUGCGUGCCGCCGGAAAUUCUCGAUACGAACGGGAUCCUCUCACGAAAACAUCAUCGGAUUCGGUAUUUGAGUUUGACAACAGACUACGCCUGCAGUCAGCAUGAAUAUUAUCAUGACCACUGUAAUAUUGACUUGGCCUCAUUCCGCAAUCUACGCGACCUUCGCUGGACAGGACCACGUCCAGAAGAUCUCGACACCCUUGCUAUCGCCAUUCGGACCAAUUCGCAACAUUUACAGAGCCUUCAACUAGACUUCGUGGAUUGGCAAGAACUGCGAGAGAACCUGGGCUACAUCGGCGAUGAGGAAGACGAGAACGGGAUUGCCGCACCAGAUAUAUUCGUUUACGGAAUUCUUGGAUUGAGUGACCGGUCUCCACGUCCUAUCUUGCCAGCUAUCCGUACUAUCCGUACCUUGCACCUUUCACACGUACCUGUGGCGGCUGCGAUGGUACGCGUGCUGAACUUCAACAGCUUACAAUCCCUCACCUUGCGAAUCUGCCCCGGUAUGGACGAGUUCCUGAAGCGGGUUCUGCAAAGUAAGCUGCGCAUUAGAUUAGAGAGACUCGAAAUACAGGAAGCAGAGGGCCGCGGGUUAGCGUUGGGCCAUGUCCCCGAUUGCCUGGACGCCUUUGAGGGGCUCACGGAGCUUUGCCUCGGUCAAACUGGUUCGGCCGCACCAUUGGAUCUCUUAAAACGAAUUCGUCGGCGCCAUGCAACUCUCAGGCGAUUGGUACUACACCAUCGAACCCGCGCCAGGCUACCCAAUUCUGAAGAGGCGUGCGACUUGCCCGACAUGGGUAUAUCGAAGUUUGAGCUAGCCCAGAUGCGAAAAGAGCCUGCACGGAAUCCCUUUUCAAAGCUUGACCUCGAGUUCCUAGGUCUGAGCUGUGUUCCCGAGCUCCUGGUAAGUAGUCCCGACAUAGACGAUGUGGACGAACUAACGGCGAUGCCCGCUAGCAACAUCUUCUGCUCCCCUUUAGGUCGAAGGCGACACUAA